GAUGUCAGUCAAUUGACCCGCAGGUCGACUCGACUUAAAGUGGAGGUUACAGCGAGGUUAUUUCAUAUUUAAAGCUACCUUGGUUACAGAUUCAUGAAUACUUCUAGAUUUAGUGGGCUUUCACUCCUGCUCUGUCUUAAUUUUGGGCUGUCACUAAGCCAAAAAAUGUCAGGCCUACAUUCUGUGGCUUAUGUCACCGCUCCUUCAGAAGAAGUUGCUAAAAAAUUGGCCAGAGGGGUUGUUCAAGAAAAGCUUGCAGCUUGUGUCAAUAUCAUCCCAAAAAUCACUUCAAUAUAUGAAUGGAAAAACGAAAUUAAUGAAGAUCAAGAAGUGAUGCUGAUAAUAAAAAGUCGAACAUCCAGAAUUCCUGAACUUUCUAAUUAUAUUAAGGCAAACCACCCUUAUGAAGUGUGCGAAGUCAUCUCAACCAAAAUAGAAGAUGGUAAUCCAGACUACUUGUCGUGGAUUUCUUCUGUUGUCCCACCCAAAAAAGACUGUUAAAUGCUAAAAAAAAGAACAAAUGUUUCUGUAAAUAAAUUUAUUUGAUUGAUUUAA